UGGGUCCGCUCCAAGUUUAUUGCUAAAGAAAUCUGAAAUUCUUAUUGGAGAAGACGAUUUUAGUAACAGCGGAAGUGGAUAUAAUUUGAGCCUUGAGUAACUGCAUCAGAUCCAACCCACGAAGCAAGAAGUUGUUGCGUGUUCGAUAGCCUCGAGCCCAAGAAGUUGCCCGCGUUGUUGGUUUGGCCGCCCAGGCACAGAGCCUUACGAGAGAGAGAGAGAGAGAGAGAGAGAGGGAAUGGGUGGAGGAGGGAGGAGGAGAACGUUGGUGGGGUUGGGUCUGGCAAUGUUUUUGGGAAUUGCAGUUUACUUUAGGCUCUGGAGCAUCGAUUAUUCUGUUUCUUCCGAUGACAAUGAACUCUUAAGGAGACAGUUCGAUCUUGCUAACAAGGAAGCAAUGGACGAAUCUGCUGAAUGGAGGCUCAAAUAUGACGAACAAGCAGAGAGCGCUACCAAGUGCGUCCAGGAGCUUCAAGAGAUUAGGGAGUCUUUCGAAAACAAGGCGGAAGAUGCUGCUAACAUUAACGAGAAAUGGGCAAUGCUACAAAAGGAAAAUACGGCCUUGCUCGAAAGGGUGGAAACCUUGAGACAGGAGCUUGAGGAUGUAAAGUUGAAGUGCAACUUGCAUAAGAUUUUUUGAUAAUCAAUAAUUUGAUGUUGGGUGGAAGACAACUCUUCAUAUCAAGCUUUACCUUCCUUAGCAUGUCUCCGAGGGAAGCAGUGUUUCGUGAGGAAGAUUAAUUUCCUAGUGUGACUUUGCAGCAUUCUUGUCAGUAAAUCAACCGUGGGAAAUUUUUUGUUUUUUUUCAUGCGAUACAUGGUUUCUUCUGAGCCAUCAUGUAGGAGGUGCUCAAAGGAAUGGCGACUCUGUUCUUCUUAUCUUUUCCUCUUCUUAAUUGCUGUGAGUGGAAGGUCUGGUUGGUCUAAGAAUAUCUUUCUUACCAAUGUAACUUGUUUUUUUUAGUCUUUUAGGAGGAAAUCUCGUCAAUAGGUUUUCUUGAAUUUUGGGCUGGAGAUUUAUUUGGUUGUAUUAUUUCCCAGGCAACACGAUGCCUUCUGUGCUGUACUUCUGGUUUUGCUCAGACCAAAAGAAGAAGGGGAAUCUUCUUUGUAAUUUGUAUAACGUUUUCAAACAUUCCAAUAGAUUAGCAGUAAACUUUGGUGC